GCGCCGGCGCCGGGCCGCAGGAUGGGCUGUAUCCAGAGCAUCACCUGCAAGGCGCGGAUCCGGCGCGAGAACAUCGUGGUGUACGAUGUGUGCGCCACCAUCGACCAGUGCCCCACGCGCAUCGAGGAGACCUCGCCCAUCGUCCUGCGCUACAAGACCCCCUACUUCAAAGCCUCGGCCCGCGUGGUCAUGCCCCCCAUCCCCCGCCACGAGACCUGGGUGGUGGGCUGGAUCCAGGCGUGCAACCAGAUGGAGUUCUUCAACACCUACAGCGACCUGGGCAUGUCAAGCUGGGAACUGCCUGACUUGAGGGAAGGGAGAGUAAAAGCCAUCAGUGACUCAGAUGGGGUGAGCUACCCUUGGUACGGGAACACCACAGAAACUGUGACCCUGGUUGGCCCCACCAACAAGAUCUCCAGGUUCUCCGUCAGCAUGAAUGACAACUUCUACCCAAGUGUGACGUGGGCAGUGCCAGUGAGCGACAGCAAUGUGCCACUGCUCACGAGGAUCAAGAGGAACCAAAGUUUCACUACCUGGCUGGUGGCCAUGAACACCACCACGAAGGAGAAGAUCAUUCUACAGACCAUCAAAUGGAGGAUGAGGGUGGACAUUGAGGUGGACCCCCUGCAGCUCUUGGGGCAGCGGGCCCGGCUGGUGGGCAGGACUCAGCAGGAUCAGCCCCGGAUCCUGGGCCGGAUGGAAUCCAUCCCCCCCAAUGCACUAGCGAAACCCAAUGCCAACGAUGCCCAGGUCCUCAUGUGGAGGCCCAAGCGGGGCCCGCCUCUGGUUGUGAUCCCCCCUAAGUAGAAGCAGCCUGUUCGGACUGUGUGUGGAGCACGUGCCGCUGAGACACGCAGUGAGGUUGCCAGGAACGGCAGAGGCCAAACUGAGUUUCUGAGCCAAAGCAGACCUCGCGGUCUGCCUGCCUUUGCAGCCCCUUGUGAGGAGCAGGGCUGCUCCCUGGGCAGUAGAACCAUGAUCCUUAGGGAAUGUCCCUUCCUCUUAGGAAUAAAGAGAUCACUGAUUGGACAGACUUGCUGUGAUUACCAUGCAAGGAGCCAUAUUUUGGAGCUGACCAGAAUGGUUCUUUUUUCUGAACUAUUGACCAUUUCUUUCCUGUGAGACGCAAGGGAUGGAAAUGAAAUUAAACAGUGCCUGUGGCCAAUGCUGCUUCCCAACCAAUUGGAUGUGGGAGUGAAAACAUUCAUACCAGGUCACCUGGUAGCACAAGGCACACCCAGCCAGCAGAACCACAUGCCACAGACUGGGGAGGAAGCGAGCAGCGGCUGCUGGCUCCAGACGCUGACGCCCUGGACAUCUGGUCGCCCACUGGAUCUAGUGCUAUCCUACCUGUCUCCUCACCAUCCUCCAGGCGCACAGCCUGUAACCCCACAACCCUGCCGUGUGCCACACAGCACUCCCCGAGGGCGGGCUGGGCUGGCUGGCUGGCGCCUGGGGAGCUGUGUUGAAGGGGGAGUCAUGCCUGCUGUGUGUUUUUGUGGGGGAAGAUUGGACCCCGCCAGAUCCCAGGUCCAUCCCCACACUGUAGGGGAAGCUGCCCAGGGAUGAAGAGCUGGUCAGCACUGAAGUCAGACGCCUAAAAUGGGCCAGCCUUGGUUUCUGACCCCAGCUUUCCCGCCCUACGCUUUUGGGUGGGAAACAGGGAAUGUGCAUCUCCCCGCCCCUCGCUUCUCCACACGGGUGGCCACUGUUAAUGCUCCCGAGGUUCCCCUCCUCCUUGGAGAGCCAGGGCCAGAGCAGCCCUGCUUCCCCUAUGAGGCCAGGCUGGGUGCCCUCAGGUGACCCAGGGCAGAGCAGGUGCCACCAGGAUCGAUGGGACGAGGGGGAGAACUACCCAAAGAGGGCAAAAAUGGCGUCCAUUGGUUUGUUCAUUGGUUUAUUUAUUGGCUUUCUUACUGGUUGACUUAUUUAUGAAGUAUGUAUUUAUUUUACAGCAAAAAAUCCGCACCCAGCUACACAAUCUCUCUCUGCGACCCCUUAGAGCACAGUGUGCUAGUUCUCUUUGAAGCCACAAAAACUGGGGGGUAAAUUCUCUCCCUGUGUCCAAAAACCACCCCAACCAGAUUUUCAGCCAAAAAUGGGGUUAGAAAGCACCAGUUAGUGAGUAAAGGCGCACAGAUCUGCAGAGGCCCGGCUGUCCAAACAGAAGCUCGCGGCUCUCUCGGCCCUGCCCCCCACCCCACCGCUCCAGCAGCCCUCCUCCUCCAGGCGCCCACCGGGAGUGGCCAGUCAGCUCAGCGCCAGGCUGAUCGUCUCGGAGCUAGACUCUCGUCCUACUCUGGUGCCAUCUUCUUAAUGCCACGUGCACCUUACAGACACCUCAGGAGCUUUAAAACAAUCCAUGUCUGGUCCCCUCCCUGACUCACCGGAAGACCCUCUGGUGGAAGAGUCUAGGCCCUGGCGUGUUUACAGUUUCCAGGGGAUCCUAAUGUGAGCCGAGGGUUGAGAAGCACUUCGGGAGCCCCUCUCCUCCGCGCCUCCCACCACCCACACCCAUUAUCCUUUACUUCCCAAGCUUUCUCUGGCACCGAGUGGGAAAGGCCCUGAGGAACGACCGGGUUCCCUUCCCAUUCCUCCCCCCUGCACCUUCCCGUCAGCUCAGCCCGCCUGGAGAGGUGGCAGGUCCCACCCGCUGUUCCCUGAGCCGGUGCCUGCGCCCAGCCCGGGGGCCGUUCUCGGGCGACUUCCAGCUUUUCUAGAAACAGAAAGCUGCCCUUUGCCAGAUUCUCCUCUACCUGAACCACCUAAGGCUCCCAAACAUCAAAUGUUUAAAGGGUGCUUUGGUGACAUUCAGGUCUCCAAACCCCGAUGCUGCCAGGGAGGCCCACACCCAGGCUUUAUAACCCACGCCUUGGCCGCGUCUGCAGAGCCCCCCGAGCUGAAGGAGGGCCCACUGCUCAGGAGGAAGGAGCCCUGUUGGCCCCCCAGCCAGGCAGCAGCCAAACCCCAGAUGGCUGGGAAGAGACAGCUCACCCUUCACACAAGGUCUCCACUGCUGAGCAUGAGCAGGUGUGUGUGUGUGUGUGCACACAUGUAAUACAAACCGUCAAGACCCACGGAGAAGCACUGUGUUCAUAAUGGGCCCAAGGGAAUGCCAUCCUAGAUAUACACACAGAAUGCUGCAUAGACACUAAGCGUUAGAUGUGCACACACACACACACACACACACACACACACACACACACACACACACACACACAGGAAACCUGUGAAGUGGGAAGGGUGGUUUUUGCUCUCCGGUCUCCCCUAUCCGAGUACCUUCCCGGGACAAGUACUAUUUCGUGUCCCCCAGCUGCCCGGCCUGUGCCCUCCUGCACUCCCAGCCCCCUGUCCCCGUGAGCCAGCAUGUCCCUGCCCUGCGUCCCACGUCUCAGGAUCCUACUCUCUGGUAAGUGACAGUCCAGCCAGUGGGUGCUACAGAGCUGAGCGUUACCCCUCCCAGGUGACAUUUAUGUGUUAAUAGGGGCCACAGAUCGUGCCUUAAUCCGAAAGAGCAGCUCUAGUGGUGGGGUUUUCAGGCACAGUAGUGGGCCAGUAAGGGAGAUUAUUUUUUUAUCAGGGGGCUUUUUAGAGUUCCCCAAACCAUACCUAUCUCUAAAAUCAGCCCUUCCUAAGUGCAUGAGCACAUGCAAGCACACUUAUCCCCAGACACUUUCUUGAAUUUUGAGACACCUCCCUUAGAGUGGCCGCUCUUUAAAAACCGAAAAAAAAGAAAAAAGAACCAGCUAAAUUAAUUUAAACCUCACUGAAUGUAGCCUAUUUUCCACGGCUGCCAGCCAUCUGGCCACCCCACCCCGCUCCACUUCCCUUCUGCUCCUUUUCCCCGCCGCCGGUACCGGUUGAUGUGCUUGGGUCGGUCUCUGCGCUCGCCCACCCCACCCGCAGCCAACGCGUUUCCUUCCCUUCCCAUUUCCCAUCCGGAAUUGUGCUGCUUUUCCGCGUCACCGGGACAAAGAGCAGGUUAAAAGCGUGAGCGUGUGUGAAUCGCUUUGGAGAAAGAGAAGCCAGGGAUUCUGCUCCCGUUUGGAGAAAAGCCCCACGAGGGAAUAGAGGAAAGCUGGCUCUGCAGAGUGCCUUAAAAAUGACUUUAAUUAGGAAAUUCUGAGUCGUCAGUCUUUAGGUAUUACGUAAACUCAAACAGAUGUUGCAUUUCACUUCUCUGGGAUUAAAAAAAAGUUAAAUACAGUAUGUGUUCAA